UUUGCUUUGCAUACAGACUACAGACGGACGUCGAACAGGAAGAGAAAAGUGCCGGCCUUUGGAAAAACCUGAUUAGAAAAGGAUCACCUGGGCCGACCUGGCGAUGGAACGGACGACGGAAGGGACGGGCAAGUGUCCUUGAUCGGCCUGCGAGCCUCUCCACAGCGGCGUGACACGUGAGUUUUCGGCGAGGGAUGGCGAUUUGAGAGACGAGAAGAGAGUCCAAGGAGAAUAAAUCCUGACCAUGACGUCGCGACUGGACAGGCUGUUUGUGCUGCUCGAGAGCGGGUCUUCGGCGGCGACGAGGAAGGCGGCCGCCCAGCAGUUGGGCCAGGUGCAGCGGUUGCACCCGCACGACCUGCACCACCUGCUGGCCAGGAUCUCCCUUUUGCUCAGGGCGCCCUCUUGGGACACUCGAAUCGCCGCCGGACAGGCGGUCGAGGCCGUCGUCCGCAGCGUCCCGCCGUGGGACCCUCCUCCUGCCCAAAUCAAAACAGAAGAGGAAGGUGAAGGGAGUGCGGAAGGAAGGCUGACCUUUGAGACCUUCGACCUAGAGAAGGUCAUCAUGGAGGGCAACCACCUGGUUGGUUCAGAGGGCAACGAGUUUGAACUGGACAUGAAGGAGGAGGGUGCGGCUGAGAGACUGGCCAGUCAAAAGGCCGCUCUCAAUGCCACACUCGGCCUCCCUGAAAAUGCAGAGGUUGCCGAAGGGCUCAUCACGGACGAAGACCUCAUUCCCUCCUGUCCGCAGGAGAAAAACUGCAAACAAAGUGCUCUGAACAUUGCUCAAGGGGACGGUUUGAGUUCACGUGAAAUGAACCGAGCCAAGCGGGUGGCACGUCUGGUGGCCAAGCAAAGGUCGAAGGAGACAUCUGAGGACGCAGAAGCCCCUGAAAGCAAGCGGCCCAAGGUAGAGGUCAAGCAGGAGCAAGAGGAACACGACCUGAGCACAGCCGAGUGUCUGACCGAAGGAACUGCUCUCUGGGAAGAGCACGCCACUGGAUGGCCCUUUGAGGAGUUCUGCGCACAGUUGGGCCAGGACCUGUUCAGUUCUGCGUGGGAGGUGCGGCACGGAGCGGCCACGGCCCUCAGGGAGGUGCUCAAGGUGCACGGUGCGGGCGCUGGCAAGGCGGCCGACAUGACCUCUACUCGGAUGGCUGGUGCCCAUGAGGCGUGGCUGGAGGACGUGGCCCUAAGGAUUGUCUGUGUGUUGGCGCUCGACAGGUUUGGCGACUUUGUCUCCGACCAGGUUGUUGCUCCUGUCCGAGAAACAUGUGCUCAAACAUUAGGUGUAUUGGCGUGCCUGAUGAGUUCAGAGGCUGUGCAGAAGGUGGUGGCGACGGUGCUGCGUCUGUUGUCUCGACCUGAGUGGGAGGCUCGGCACGGCGGACUGCUUGGCCUCAAGUACCUGCUGGCGGUCAAGGGUGGUGCGGGCGGCGGCCCUGACAACGACUUCAAAGGUGAGAAGGGCGAGGCCACGUUUUUGAAGCUCGACCUGAAGCUGAUUGCAGACUGCGGCCUCGUCGGCUUUCCCAACACCGGCAAGUCGACCCUGCUGAGGGCCGUGUCCAGAGCCAAGCCCAAGGUCGCCGCCUACCCUUUCACCACAGUGAGACCUGAAAUCGGCUUCAUCGAGUACCCCGACAAGACAAAAGUGUAUUGGCGUGCCUGAUGAGUUCAGAGGCUGUGCAUAAGGUUGUGGCCACGGUGCUGCGUCUGUUGUCUCGGCCCGAGUGGGAGGCUCGGCACGGCGGACUGCUUGGCCUCAAGUACCUGGUGGCGGUCAAGGGUGGUGAGGACAUCCGGUUGCUGCCCACCUCCUUGCCACACAUGCUGCGAGGUCUCGACGACUCUGUAGUGGACGUUGGCUGCGCCCUGGGACCGGCCGCCUCCGAGCUGGCCGCGCGUGCCGCUUUUCCCUGAGCAGCUCGGCCACACCGUUGACCUUUUUUGUAUACUGCUUGCUGAGCAAUUAUUGCACACAGCAAGCCUUGAUCUGAUCGAUGAGGCCUUCCGCAUCGCAGAAAACUGUCCGGUUCUCAUGAGGUGACAGGAAGAGGAGUUUUUUUUAUAAACUGUUACAGCGAGGAGUGUCGGCUUCUUUUCUGUUAGUUUCAAGCCGUGUGCGGAUACAAAAUAACCGCUAUGAGCCGUCAUUAGUGUCUAUAAAAAGUUCAAAUAACUCAUUGGGAAAUUGGUUAUCGAUUGUAUACCUAUUUUUCAACAGGAACGAACAAAACAUAGUUGAUGUACAAUCUAUCAAACUCAGUAUCCGUGGCGCCGGGGUAUGGUUUUGCCCAGUCUUCAGGAGAAGAAUCGCAAAUGGCUUUGAUGUGCCCCGCAUCCGUCCUCAAAAGCACUAACUGAUGGGCGUAUUUAUCAGGACCGAAUUCGCUAACAGCUGUAUUAGAAUCAUGAUUAUGAUAAAAAAGAAAAUAAACGGAUUAAUAAGGCUUACAUGCGCAAGCAAAUUUCCAGAGCUUCUUGCCAAUAGUCACUACCUGUGGGUACUCUUGCAGCAAAAUCGUUGGGUCACUAACCUUUUCCGGUGGCCUGUCUUGUCGGAGGUGCUCAAUGAGAAUUACGGAUGAGGAAACUUGUAUUUCUUCUCUACACGGGCGUUCUUCUCUGCACUGUUUUAAAUAAUUUUCAACUUGAUGUAAGUUGUUCACCUUAAAAGUAUAACCAUUAAUACCUGGGGACAGGCAAACUGUUCGAGGUCUGCAGAACCUGGUCCUUUUGUGCCUUGCAACUUCGCCAGGUACUUAAAAAACUCCUCUUUUAGUACAUUUGAGUUUCGCUGGACGUCGAAGCUCGUGUUGCAUGAGGAACAAGUGGCAAAGUGGGCCCUUUUGGUUUGGUAGCGAAAGCCCUCCCUCACCCACCAUACAUGGUGGUCUCGGCAAGCUUCAUUCUUCGCCAGGUGGUGUAUUUUAGGCUUCCUGUUUUCAUGAAUCACUUAUUAAAACCUCUUAAAUAAAUGAUAAAUAAAAGAUUAAUCAUACAAUCGCACAACACUUCUCACUCUCGCCUGCUCCGAUUCUUCUGUCGGCGUCCCUUUGCCUGCUCUUAGCAACUCAAACAUCAGCCACAGGUCCGGAUCAGCAAUGUCCUGCACCAACUCGUCAAAUGAUAUCACACCCUAUAAUUUUAAAUUGAAGCUAAUAUGUGCCAUAAUGUUUUAGAAAAUUAACUUAUUAGCUUUAUGGGGAAAAUAUAUACUUACACCAGCACGAAGUGCCACAAUAGCCAUGUAAAUUGCAGACGAAUUAGUGCAGUUGUUGUCCUUGAUCCAGGGUUUUAUUUUUUGUGGGGUGUCCUUAAGGCUUAACAGCUCAUUGGGCUCCUUCUUUAGUUUUUCUCCUCCCUCGCCAAACAAAGCUAUUUCAAGCAAGGAUAUUAAAUUUAACGUGAGAUAGUCAAUUUGAACUCACGGGUGCUGUUGGCUCUCUUAUAGUGCGGUCCGUGCUUUUUAUUACUCACAAGAGGCUUGAUACCUGAAAGAGUCACAUAAUAUAUUUAAACAGAAAACAGAAGUUUCCACACACACACACAGUGCGCUGGAAGAUUUAAAUAAUAAUCAAUUUAAGCCGCAGACUCCGCAGAGCAAAACUUAUCGGCUGAGGCGCUGCCUAAAAACUGCACGCGGAUAAGAUUUCUUGAUAAAAAAAAAUAUAUACCAAAUUCUGGUUGUUUCUCUUGUCGAAGACGCUUGGCAUCACUUUGCGACGUCCGAGUAUUCUCAAAGCAGGUUCGAACCGCACUCUCCGGAUAAAAACAAGUGGAUCUUUCUUGUGCCUCUCGACCUAAAAAAUUAAAUGCCUGAAAAAUAUUUUCAGCUAAUUUCAAUUUACCUUCAACCAUUAAUUCCUGAAUCAGGCUCCGACUCUGAUCCAAAAAUUUCUUACUGGUUGCAGCAUCCUUUUUUAUCCAGCGAUUGUAGAUCUCCACCACAUGGCGAUCAAAGCAUGGUCCAUUUUGGUCAAGCCAGACUUUGGCAUCGGCACCUCCAACACUCUUUAAGAUCGCUAAAGCUGAUCUUAUUUUCACUUCUUGUCCUACAGCUCUAGGAGCUGCUGACCUUUGAAGGAAUAAGUUAUUAAAUAAACGCUGUUAAUUAAAUUGUUUAAGAAAGUGCAGAUAAAAAAAUAAAAAGAGACUAUUUUAUCGACACAGUUUUCAAGUAAUUCGAUGGAAUUUCAGAAGACAUGCAAUUUAUAAUGCAUAUAUUUUUUUAAUAUAGAACAAAUGCUGCAAGCCGUGCAUGAUUGUCGCUUUUGACGUCCGGCCCAAUAUUCUAAAAAGGCUCACAGUCGCUUAUUGGGAAUUUUGUUAAACGCUAUGUAUGACCCGCAGUUUAAAAAGAUUGCGUGAUUAUCAUGCGUCAAAAAUGUAACUAAAAAUAUGACGCUAACAACAUUAAUAAGUUUACUAAAUUUAUCUAAUACAAAUUGCGUCCCUCAAUUAAAAGUCAUCGCUACGCUCAAUUUUUUCUCCUCUCCUCGCAGUUUGUCUUAACAAUCUCUACCUGUAUUGAGAGCUAUAUAAGAAGAGCGAAUUUUCGCUCUCUGGUCUUAUUUCAAAGAGGGAGUGCGCUGGAGCGACGACAUAAUAUCUGAUUAUUAUAAUAUUACUUACAUGGUUAAAAAUCACGCAGAAUGUAAAAUUAACACUAGCAGAUAAAAUGAAUCUCAGAAAAUACAGCUUUAACGUUAAA